CGGAACUUUGACAGUCGUCAGUAUGAAAAUAAACGAGAAAAACCUCUCUACUUUCGCCGUUUCGGCGACUCCGGUCGACAAAGAGGGUUAUUUGUACAAAAAGGGGGAAGUAAACAAGAAUUUCGUGAAGAGGUACUUUGUUUUGAAGGGCAAUUUGUUGUUUUAUUUCGAGAAAAAGGGCGAAAAGGAGCCUGUGGGCGUAAUAAUCCUAGAAGGCUGUACAAUAGAAUUGGCUGAGGAUGAGGAGCAGUUUAGUUUUAAAGUCGACUUUCAUGGUACGAACAACCGAAGCUAUUUCCUGGCUGCUGAGUCCCAGGAAUCCAUGGAGCAAUGGAUGAAGGCCUUGGCCUGCGCCGGCUACGAUUACAUGAAGCUCAUGGUGUCCGAAUUGCAGAGGCAACUUGACGACAUUGAAGACACGCCUCUACCAGUGACGCAGGCUGCCAAUUCACCUGUGCCACCCCCGAGGAGGCACAAUCCGUUUAAUAAAGUCGAUAACAGCAAUCCACAUCAGCGGUCUCAAAGCGUGAGAUCUACAGGCAGAAUAGAUGACUGUAAAAUAGUGGAUUCCAAAACGAGUAUAUCCUUCAAAGAACUACAUAACUGGUAUGGACGGCCAAUUCUAAAAGAUUUCAAUAUUUGGAAACACCAACAAAAAGAUCAAAACCCUGAAGUAAACCUAAUUUCAUUUUAGAACGUUGCAAUAUUGUAUUUUUAGGUAAUUUAUUGAAUUUAAAUAGGUAUUGACUGAAUAAAAAUA